AGAGCGCAGCACUCGGAGUCUCUUCUCAGCAUUCACACCAGUGUCGGGUGGGUGUAUGAUCGAAGCCCUCGCGCUCUUGAUGGCGUUUCUGUAAGGCAGUGUGUGAAUCACUCUGGAAGUUUGGCUGCACAGAACACCGACCGGAAACUGAACCCUUGUUUUUGUAAACCGCGUGAUUUUUCUUUUUAAUAUUCCAUUUCGGAAUUAUUAUUCUGAGAACUGAUUCACUGAAUGAGCAACAUUUCAAGCAUGACUUAAUCCAGUGUUCCAGCACUGCAGAGCAGGAGGGAGUCGGGUCGAGGAGCCGACAAACCCGGAAGGUUAUUGUUUCUAUGAAUAAUGCCGAUAGAGAAACUGGACAUGGAGGAGAAACUGCGCAUUUUGGAGGAUCUGAACAUGCUGUAUAUCCGCCAGAUUGCCCUCAGUUUACAGGACAGUGACAUCCAGAAGAAGAUUGACCAUGAGAUUCGGAUGCGAGAGGGAGCGUGUAAACUCCUGGCCGCUUGCUCACAGAGGGAUCAGGCGCUGGAGGCCUCGAAGAGCCUGCUCACCUGUAACGCUCGCAUCAUGGCGUACAUGUCCGAGCUGCAACGCAUGAAAGAAGCGCAGGUCAUGCAGCGGGUGGCACGGAGGUCAUCAGAUGCAGGACCAAUGGAUGACCGAUCUCCAUGUAAAGGCAAAGUUGCCAUUUCAGAUCUUCGAAUCCCUUUGAUGUGGAAAGACACGGAGUAUUUUAAAAACAAAGGAGAGCUACACCGCUGUGCUGUGUUCUGUCUGCUGCAGUUAGGAGGGGAGAUAUUUGACACGGACAUGGUGAUGGUAGACAGAACCCUCACAGACAUUUGCUUCGACAAUACCAUAGUCUUUAAUGAAGCGAGCCCAGGUUUUGAGUUGAGGUUAGAGCUAUACAGCUGCUGUACAGAGGACGAUUACUCAGCGGGAAGUACGCCACGCAAGCUGGCCAGCAAGCUGAGCUCGUCUCUGGGCCGCUCAUCUGGGAAGAAGAUGCGUGCAGCACUGGAGCCUGGAGCUUGCAGCCCCAUCAGCAACGGAGGCAACGCACAAUUGCUGCUGCCUGUACCACCUGUGCCAGGACCCAAGUACCAUCUUCUGGCUCACACAACUCUUACCCUCGCCCACGUUCAGGACAGCUUCCGCACACAUGAUCUCACCAUAACUGGCAACGAAGAGUGUUCAUACUGGUUGCCGCUGUAUGGCAGUGCGUGUUGUCGUCUGGCUGCUCAGCCUCACUGUAUGACACAGCAGAUGAUGAGUGGCUGCCUCAGGGUCAAGCUCGGUGGAGAUCCUCAAGGAUGGACGAAUGCCUAUGGUGUCCUAAAAGGGACAAACCUCUUCUGUUACCACCAAGAAGAAGACAUGAAGGCCAAAGUGGAGCCCUUAUUAACGAUCGGCAUUAACAAAGAGACGAGAAUACGAGCAGCAGAAAGAGACCCCCAAAGCAAAGCUCAGAGUAUCUGCAUCAGUAACCAGUAUGGUGGAGAGGAGGUCACACACACACUGGUAACAGACAGUCGAGAGGAGACACAGCGCUGGAUGGAGGCCUUCUGGCAGCAGUUCUUUGACAUGAGCCAGUGGAAGCAGUGCUGUGAUGAGCUGAUGAAGAUUGACCUGCCUUCACCACGCAGACCUGCUCUGGUUACAGCCAAACAAGGCUCUCUCUACCACGAGAUGGUUAUUGAUACAUCUGAUGACAUCAGUGCCGUCACCGACAUCCUGACGAGGCGUAUCGAGGAGUUUGAGUUUCAAACCCCACCUCACUGGAUGUCCUUAUUUAAGGAAGAGCCUCCUGGUAGCCCCCAGAACCUCCGACGCAGCUCUCCCAGCCCCCGCUGUCGCCGCACUCGCGCUCUGCUGUCCUCCGAGGCCAGCCUCGCCUCUGACAACUCCAGCCCCUGCAGCUCUAGCCCCUGCUCACCCCACUACCUCGCCUCCAGCCGUUUCCGCCCUCGUACGCUUUCCCUGGAUGCCAAGCUGUCCACGCUGCGAGGAAGAAACUACGGGGGCCUCCACUGUUCGUGCCAACCUCCAUCAUCCAACUCGCUCCAUCAGCAGGCUCCGCCUCUUUCCUGCUCCGGUUCCACUUCCAGUAACAGCUCAAGCGAAGGGAGCAACAGCCCCGAAUCAGAUCUCGCCUUCUCGCGACCUUCCGGAGCACGCCGCAGCCUGAGGAACCUCCGAGCAAAGCUGGACCCCAGAAACUGGCUACAGAGUCACGUUUAAUUCCUUCAGGUUUCUUCCUGAGAGAAGAAUUUCUCGCAAAACGACCUUUUAAGAAAGGAUCCCCGCCAUCGAGUCCUUAGAAGGAAGUGUAACUGUCUUCAAGUGUGGCUCAGAGUCUCACUGCAGGGAUGGUGAUGGACAAAGACUAUAGUUAAUGGGAGAUUUUCUGUAAAUGGGCUCAGCACCAUGGCGAUGGAGAGUUAUUUAUAAAUGGUUCACGAUCGGUAUAUGCAGUUUUGCGUCGUACAAAAAAAAUCCUCUUUUUCUCAACUUCUAACUGGAGUACAGUAUUUACAGAACAGGCAUUACCAAGAGUCAACGUGCUCCUCUGAUCGCUUUCAAACUGGAGUAACGAUCUGCGUUUAGCUGCAGAACUUAGUCGAACAUAAAUUCAGUCAUAACGCAGUGCGAAUUUAACAUUUAAAUUUACAAGCUACUGAAAAUCUGCUCUAGCUCAAAACAUACAGCUUCCAUUUUAUAGGAGCAAUGGCGUAUAAAAUCUCUUCACAAUGUUACUUUACUAUAGUUUAGUCUAAUUAUAUGCAGAUUCUUUUAGCAGCAGCUUCGUUAGUGCUUUUUGUGCCGUUAUUCUUUUUGUAAAACCCAAUUUGUGAGACAUAAUUCAACAAAUUAUAAAUAAAAACCGUGAAAGAAACACAAGCUAUCUUCGCACCUGUUACCAUAAUAGGUGUCGUGCUUCCUGUUUAAUCCUGAUUCAGCCUGAGUUUCUAACCAAAAAUAUCUAACCAGCAACAGUGAUGUGACGUGGUCGCUAACUAAUAUUGAUGGAAAUGCUAGAUGAUGGUGAUUAAAGUGUUUAAAAUCCC